AUGCCUCAUACCUGUGGAGAUGGAAGCCAAUUGUUGACAUUGGACGUGAGCCACAACUAUUUACAAGGGAAGAUUCCACAGUCUCUAAUUAAGUGCCAAGAGCUAGAAGUUCUAAAUCUGGGCCAUAAUAAUAUGAGUGACAAGUUUCCAUUCUGGCUACCAAAUUUGCCGAAGCUACAGGUUCUCAUAUUAAGUUCUAAUAGAUUUUACGGUCCAAUAUGGCAUCCUCGCAACUUUACGGGCUUUGUGAACUCCCGUAUCAUUGAUUUAUCUUUCAAUGAUUUUACAGGGAGUUUACCAUCAAACUAUUUCAAAAAUUGGACUUCUAUGAUGGAAUCUUCUAAGAAAAAUGAGUCAGAGUUGAAUUAUAUAGGUGAGGGUUAUUACCAAGACUCUGUGACUUUGAUGAACAAGGGGCAAGAAAUGGAAUUGAUCAAGAUACUUACAAUCUUUGUAGCCAUUGAUCUCUCCAACAAUAGACUUCAUGGGGAAAUUCCAACUACAGUAGGAGAUCUUCAAUCUCUAAUUGUACUUAACUUGUCCAGUAAUUGUUUCACAGGGGCCAUUCCUUCAUCUCUAGGGAAUCUCACAGAGCUUGAAUCCUUAGAUCUAUCAAAUAAUAAGCUUUCUGGUGUAAUCCCUCAACAGCUAAUCAGUCUCACAUUUCUUGGAUACUUGAACUUAUCCGUAAACCAUCUCACUGGUCCAAUACCACAGGGUGGACAAAUCUGGGUAUUUCCAGGUUCUUCUUUUGAGGGAAAUUGGGGAUUAUGUGGUCUUCCACUCUCACAAAAAUGUGGAACUAUCUUACCAACUUCACACUCUGAUAAGAUAUCAUCAGACUCACUAUUAUCCAGUUUUACUUGGAAGGCUGUAGCGAUGGGAUAUGGAUGUGGACUGAUAAUUGGAUUGGUCGCAGGACAUACCAUCACCUUAUGGAGGCCCAAUUUAAUGUUCAUAAUCUUUGGUGUGCUGCCUCAAAGGAGACAAAGAUGA